AUGUCAACCCGAUCCUCUCGACGAACACUUCACAAUCGUGGAAACAGCUUGAAAUUGGAUGCGGAUAUCGCUUUAUUAUCAAAUGGCCGUGUUUCUCAAUCAACAAAUCGGCUUAGUGCGUUGUAUAACAAAGAAAAUAUUAUACCAGCAAAAACAUCACCGGAACUUGUUGAACUUUAUCAAACAACAAUUGAAAUGUCAGUACAUGGUAAAAUAACAAUCAAAAAUGCAUUCGAUUAUUUAUUUUUGGAAUAUUUAUCGCCUAUUAUCAAAAAUGUUGCCCAAAAUGAAAAUGGCCCAAAUUUUGUUAAAGCUGGUAAUGUUAUCAAUACAAGUGCAAAAAUCUAUGCUUAUCGUGUUGAUGCAUUACACACUGAGACACAAAAGCUAAGUAUGAAUAUGUCAACUGUCGAACAAGUUCAUAAUUUAACAUCAACAAUAACAAUGAAGAAUGAUAAUGGUAGUGUUAAAAUGAGUGAUAAAACUAAAACACGUUCCCAUGGUAAAAAGAAUGAAAUUAUAGUAACUGAUAUAUCGAAAAUAAGCAUUAAUAACAUCGAUGAUAAUAAUGAAUUGAUCCGAUUUCGUCCACUUUUACCGACAUCUUUAUGUUGUCUUUCAAAAAGUGAAAAUGAAAGCGAUUCGAUUCACCAUCAUAUGAUCUCCUGCACGACAUAUUCGACAAGUGAUUAUUCGUUUAUCCGAGACUUUGCCAAUAUACAAAUAAAAAAUUUUAUCAAAGAAGAGUUAAAAUCGAAAAUUCGUUUUCAACAUGCUAUUGACACAAUAUAUUCGUUGGAAAAAUUACGAGAUAUAAUAGAACCACAUCAACAUGUUGAUCACAGUUUAGGUACAAAUGAAUUAAGAAAUUUUUUAUGGAAUGAAACGACAACCGAUUCAACAAUAAGUACAAUUCAUGAAACAUCAUUAGAUGAAUUUAGUCAACAAAAUGAUAUUACGACAAAUGUUUAUAAUAGUGGAGAACAACAUUUCUCUAAUGAUAUCAGUUCAAAUAGAUUAUCUUCAUUCAUCUUUAUGGAUGAUGUACAAUCAAUGGCAUAUGAAUUUUCGAAUAAUCUAGAUAAUGUUUUAAGAUCAUCGCAACCAUCACAAUAUAAGGAAAAUUUUGUAUCAGUAUUUGAUAAUGCUCCUUUUCCAUCAACAACAAUAAAUGAUCAAAUGUUGUCAAUUGUAUCCAAUGAUAUAAAUAAUAUUUCCAGAACAUCUUCAUUUUUUGGUCAAAUACCAUCUUUAUUAAAAAAUACUGGUAGCAAGGAAUAUAAUUAUUUUGACGUAACAAAACUAAAAUUAUUUGCUGGUCCAAAUUUAUGGAAAUACGUUAAUCUUCUUGAGAAUUAUUCACAGUUACCAUCACAACAACAACAAGCACAAGCUCGAGAGAGAAAACACACUGGUAGUGGUGCUGUUAUACAACAACAAAAAUGUGAUUUUUUCUCAAAACAAUCAUUAUCAUCGAUAUUUGGUAAAAGUAAAGGACGAACAAAGCAAAAAUCUUUGAAAAGAACAUUACAGUCAAUAAGCGUUUUACGUAGUCGAGAAAAUAUUAAUAAUCAAAUAAAACAAUCAAGGAAAAUAUGUCAAAUAAAUGAAUUAUUUUCUACGUCAUAUUUUCUAGAUUUAUUUAUUUCAACGGCGCAUAGCUCGAAGUCAGUUGGUGAGAAAUUAAAUAUAUUUGAUGUUGAUGAAUUGAAUGACUAUGAUCAAGCUGAUGAUAUUCCAUUGCCAUUUGGUUUCGAAAGUGAUGAAGAUAUUCAAUCAAGAGAUAAUCUAGAAAUAAUUGUCGAAUCACCUGAACCCGAACGAUAUUAUGAAAAAAUUGAAUAUACAAAAAGAACUCAGCAAGUCAAUGUGAAAAAAUUAAAAUAUAAUAUCAUCGAAGAGUUUAAACGGUUACAAUCAAAUUUAACUGCAAAAACAACGGUAGCAAUGAAUGAUAAUCCAGUUGAAUUUGUACAGUUAUGUGAAUGCUUGUUGUUGAAGAAUAGUUUAAACCUGACUGAAAUACCAUCAGCAUUCUAUUGUAUGCUAUUUAAUUGUAAUGAACAUAAAUUAUAUCUGCAAAACACAGCUAAUUGUGAUAAUUUAUUAAUUACUAAUCAACCAUUAUUAUCAACACGUCAGCAAUGA